AUGCCCGCGCAUCUCCCUGCCACACUGGUGCUCCUGGGGACCCUGGCUGUCAUUUUUCAGGAUGGCAGCCAAGCAAAUGCAAAACCCUUUCCAGAAACCGGAGAUGAUCGUGAACCCACAACCGCAGCCACCGUACAGGCCAGACUUGCUCUGCUGCCGUCCACUAGCCGAGCACCUCCCAACACUGUCGCAGCAAGAGCAACCGGGACCCCCCCUGCCUCCGCUUCCAAGUCUGAGGACCCGGCAACCCAUCCAAUCAAGACUCCAGCCCCACUCAUGUCAGCAGCUACAGAGUUCUCAUCCCCCAGCCCAUUAAUCUACACCCUCUUCACAGCCCAGGCCCCAAGUAACACCUCACAAUUGGUUCCUCCCGUUAGCGAAGCUACCAUCCGCCCCAGUGCAACUCCUCACUCCCAGGCACCCACCACCCCUCCUCCCACCCAUACAUCUGUGACCAGCCCAGCAACUGUCAGCCACACCCCUGGGGGAACCACCCACACCAGGAACCAGACCACGCACGCAUGCAACUGCACAACCAGCCCGAUGCCCUCUCAGCCCACCCAUGUCCCAGGUACAACCCCGGGUACCCACAAUGCCACCCCAACAGCACACCCGACACCCUCCGCUCCUGCGCCUACCCUUACACCACAGCCAUCACCAGCCCAGACUGGAAUCUAUGAAGUCCUGAAUGGGAGCAGGCUCUGUGUCAAAGCAGUGCUGGGCCUCCAACUGAGUGUUCAGGACCAGGAGACGGCCCUUUCACCGCAGAAGUACUUCAACCUCAACCCCAAUGUGACCCACGCCUCUGGGAACUGUGGCGCUCGGAAAUCCAACCUCCUCUUGAAUUUCCAAGGCGGAUUUGUGAACAUCACGUUUACCAAGGAUGAAAACUCCUAUUACAUCAGUGGAAUGGGGGCUUCCCUGACCGUCUCAAAUCCAGAGAGAACAUAUCAAGGCAUGCAAAGCGCGAUGGUGUGGUUUGAGGCCAUGGUGGGCCAUUCCUUCAAAUGUGUGAGUGAACAGAGCAUCAAGCUGUCCCCUCUCCUUCAACUGAAAACCAUGAAUGUCCAGCUUCAAGCCUUUGAUUUUGAAGCAGACAACUUUGGAAACGUGGACGAGUGUUCGUCUGACUACACGGUCGUGCUUCCUGUGAUCGGCACCGUGGUGCUGAGCCUCUGUGCUGUGGGUUUGAUUGUCUACGGAAUCCGCCUGAGUCGCAAAUCAUCCGGAUACCAGAGAAUCUGAUGGGUGCCCAGGGGAAAAACAAAGUAUUGGUGUUCGGGAAUUCUUUUCAUCGCUCCCAGAUGCUGGGCAUGUCCCUUGAAGUGCGGGCUCUUCCAGCCAUGUGACCACCCUCCUGCAUAAUAAUAGAGCCGGUUCUGAUUUAAGUCCAAGCAGCGCCCUUUCUGUUUGUUUUAUGAAAACUUUAGUGAGUUGAUUAAGGGAUUGCUCAGGUUUCCUUCAGAAUAUUUUAACUGUUCAA